CCACGACCAACGGCCAUGGGAUGGUUCUCGAGCUCUAAAAGUACUGAACAGGAAGCGACGACGACGCGCCAGAACAGGCAACAAUGUUGGGACGCCCGAGACGCGUACUUUGCUUGUUUGGAUCGCCAGGGCGUCGUGAAAGCCGGUGAAGAGGGCAACGCGUGCGCCUCGGAGAAUAAAGCCUACCACGAGAAUUGCGCGAAGAGCUGGAUUGAGUACUUUAACCAAAGGCGAAUCAUUGCGGACGCGCAGAAGGAUAGACUGGCUCGUGCUGCGGCUCAGCACGAAGAAUGGAAAGCAAAGCAGGGUAAAAGCUAAACUACUGGCUUAGGAAUGAGGUGACCAUCACCUCAGCUCGAGACCGUGUGGGUCUCAUUCAGAGCGAAAGCUUCGCCGUUCACCGCCGACCAGUUAGUCGAUAGCUUUCUCGUCCACAAGUGCUGAUAUAAAGAUUAUCCCACCC